UACAUCACCUCACUUUACAUUAGCUGUUGCCGCUGACGGGAGCCGCUCGCGCGGGUGCAGUGGGCGGAGUUUAACGCGCGUGCGUGUUGUUUGUGGUUUGCGGGAAUAAUCGGGAUUAUAAAGCCGAUAUGAAGCUGCGCGCGCGGUUAUGAGGCGUUAUAACGCAGUGAGGACUGCUGUGGGACAGGAGGAGAGAGACAGACAGGGACAGACAGACAGGUACAGACAGACAGCUCCACCAUGCCAGGUGAGGAGGUGCAUCAGAGGAAAGCGGGUCGUAAGAAGUCUAAGAAAGGGAGAAGUAAAGCUCAGAGCGGCGGCGAGAAGGCGAGCGGCGUGAACGGACAUGACGAGGUUCUCCUGUCUCCUCCCCCCGCCCCCACGCCCCGCAGACCCGCCGAGGAGAAGAGGAAAGCGGCGCAGGCUAAGGUGGACGAGGAGACGUCGGUGUCCAUCUGCGCCCAGGUGAUGUUUCCGUACCUGCUGGCCGGGAUGGGCAUGGUCAUGGCCGGGAUGGUGCUGGACAGCGUGCAGCACUGGGAUGUGUUUAAAGAGAUCAGUGAGGUAUUUAUCCUGGUUCCUGCUCUCGUCGGACUGAAGGGGAAUCUGGAGAUGACGCUGGCGUCUCGUCUCUCCACCGCCGCCAACACGGGGCAGAUGGAUGAUCCUAAACAGCAGUGGUUGAUGGUGAGCAGUAAUCUGGCACUAAUACAGGUCCAGGCCACAGUGGUGGGGUUCCUGGCAGCGCUGGCAGCCGUGGCUCUGGGCGCCGUGUCGAGGGGAGGAGUCGAGCUGGAGCAGGCCGCGGUGCUGUGUGCUAGCAGUGUGAGCACCGCCUUCAUCGCCGCGCUCUCCUUAGGCGUGGUGAUGAUCGGGGUGAUUAUCGGCUCCAGGAAGGUGGGCAUUAACCCUGAUAACGUGGCGACGCCCAUCGCCGCUAGUCUUGGGGAUUUGAUCACACUGUCCCUGCUGGCGGGAAUCAGCAGCGCACUCUACUACUAUAGAGACCUGUGGUACGUGUCUCUGCUGGUGUGUGUGUUCUUUCUCUCCCUGAUUCCUGUCUGGGUUCUUGUGGCUCGUCGCAGUGUUCAGGUCAGAGAGAUUCUGCGCUCGGGGUGGCAACCUGUUAUAGUGGCCAUGUCCAUCAGCAGUUUCGGCGGCCUGAUUCUGGACAGAACCGUCAGUGAUCCUAACUUUGAGGGCAUGGCUGUGUUUACUCCCGUCAUUAAUGGUGUGGGCGGGAACCUGGUGGCCAUCCAGGCGAGCAGAAUCUCCACCUACCUGCACUUCUGGAGCGUUCCUGGAGUCCUGCCUUAUAAGAUGAGACAGCACUGUCCAAACCCCUGCGUCUCGUUCUUCUCCUCGGGUGUGAACUCUAAAUCCGCCCGUGUGCUGUUCCUCCUCGUCGUCCCUGGACACCUCAUCUUCCUCUUCACCAUCCAAACAUUACAAGGAGGCCACACCCCCAUUGCCCCGCCCUUUAUCUGCUGCUAUCUUUGUGCUGCCAUGAUACAGGUGGCGCUGUUGCUCUACACGGCGGAUGUGCUGGUGAGGUUGAUGUGGAGGAGGGGUCUCGACCCGGAUAACUUCUCCAUCCCGUACCUGACGGCUCUGGGGGACCUGCUGGGGACCGGCCUGCUCGCGCUCUGCUUCCACCUCGUCUUCCUCCUGCAGGGACUCUGA